GGUCCGCAAGCACUCGCAGAAGCAGUCGGAUUAUCUGAUGGAGACCAUGUAUCAGCUCGGCUCUAAUCGCGUUUUGAUUAACGAUCGAGAACGCUUUACCUUCGCGCGGAUGCACAAUUUGGUGCAGGAAUUCGAAAGACGGGUAUUGUACAACGCGACGGAGUACCCCCCGGAGCAAAUGCUAGGCGCGGAGGAAGAUCAAGAUGGAAGUAAAACAGCGACGAAUUAUGCUGGUCGAGGGAGCACUGUUUCCGGUUCUACUUCUUCUACUGCCGCACCACCAGGAGGACAGCAACCUAGCUCUAUGGCCUCCAUCGACGCGGACGUGCGGUAUCAGCACCUCCAAGCCAUCGACGCCCGACAAACGCGGGGUUUGGGGGCGAAAGAAGCCGCGUUGAUUGGGGGCGAGAUGGGAUCGUUUCUGAAGGAUUUAGAAACGAAAUCCAUGGAGGACUACGAUUUAGUCAACGAUACGGAAGAAUUGGUGAUGCUGCCGGAUCCGAAUCCGAGGGACGAAAACCGGAUGCAGAAAAAGUGGGAGAAGGAACUGCUCGGAGGAAAAGUCUUUCGAACAAAGCAUCCGAAAAAAAGUAGUUUCAAGGAACUCUGUGCGGAUUUUUUGCCGAUAGAACAAAAGAAAGAAAGAGAAACUGAAACUCAAACAACUUCUACUGAGCUAGAAGGAAUGAAUAAAAAAGGAGCAGGAGCAGGACAUCAGGACGAGGACAAUUUGUUCGUCUACCGCGAAGAAGGUGCAGAAGUAGAUCGAAACGCAAGUAC